ACUAAGCAAUUUCAGAAGCAAUAUGUAUGUUUUUAACUAAAUCAGACAUUUAACAAAUACUAUUUGUAAUGCAGCACAGGGGAAGACUAUCCUUAAAACAGGCUAUUGAUGUGAAUUUCCCCACAUAAAAGAAUAAUUUUAAAACACAAUCAAAGUUUUGAUGUAAAAUUAUGUACUAUCAGGGCAGCAGGCCAACACAAGGAGAGACCAAAGGCCUUAGGAAUCAGCAGGAAGCAGUUUUAUCCCGAGUAGCCAGAAAUCUUUCAUUAAAUUCAGGAAGAAUCUACAGGUCCAGGUAAUCAUGUGGCUAUGAUGUGCUGAAGGUUUUUUGACACUUUAAAAUCAUUAGAUGAACACUAAGAACCCCCAAGUUCUGGUAGAAAUAUAAACUGUAAUAUUUAAAACAAGUAAUGAAAACAUAUGAAAAUUAUGCUAUAAAGAUUGCAUGAGAAUAACUUAAUUUGAGAAGUAAAAUUAAGAGGGAAGAGAAUCCUAGAAAGCUUACAGUUGGAAAACUAACAGUAAAGAAUAUUUUGGAAAAUCAUUUCUUGGUAAAUUUCCCUGUGCUACUAACAUAAAUGCAAAAGCUAUCAAUGAGGCUAUUGACAUUUGGGAGACUGACUUGUUUUUACCAAAAUCACGAAACAGAAAAUUUAGUUUGCUAUUUUUCAAAUGGUUAUUACGUUCAGAAUCCAGUUAAAUUCUCCUUCCUUUUUGCUUGAUAACUUCAUAGAAGAUAAAUAAACCCUCGGGCCAAGAGGUAGGUAUCCUGGCACGGUUAACUCACUGGCCCCAGAAAUUCCACGAGGCUGAAAAGAUGAUUAUUUGGGGGCUAGAGAGGGGGAUGUAGAGGUCUUUAGGACCCAGCAGGCGGCGGCAGGCAGCAGUAGUGUAGGUCGCUGAGAGACUACGAGGGUCCGGUUCAGUUUUAAUUCUGUCUCGUCUCUCCGCAACAGCGGUGCUUCCUGCGUCCCGAGGCUCCCCUGCCCACUCGGCCGCGGCUGGCCGCCGGGCGAUAAUCAAAGCCGCCCGCUCCCCAUCACCCACCAUGGAAAUCUUCCAAGAAAAAGUGGCCCCGGACGCGUGUGCCUGAGGAUUCCGCACAAAAGAGGUGCCCAAAAUGAAGACCCUGAUGCGCCAUGGUCUGGCAGUGUGUUUAGCGCUCACCACCAUGUGCACCAGCUUGUUGCUCGUGUACAGCAGCCUGGGCGGCCAGAAGGAGCGUCCCCCGCAGCAGCAGCAGCAGCAGGCAGCGGCGACCGGCAGCGCGCAGCCGUCGGCGGAGAGCAGCUCCCCCUCGCGCCCCGGGGCCCCGGCGGGACCGCGGCCGCUGGACGGAUACCUUGGCGUGGCGGACCACAAGCCCCUGAGAAUGCACUGCAGGGACUGUGCACUGGUGACAAGCUCGGGUCAUCUGCUGCACAGCCGGCAGGGCCCUCAGAUCGACCAGACGGAGUGCGUCAUCCGCAUGAACGACGCGCCCACGCGCGGCUUCGGGCGGGACGUGGGCAAUCGCACCAGCCUGAGGGUCAUCGCGCAUUCCAGCAUCCAGAGGAUCCUCCGCAACCGCCAUGACCUGCUCAACGUGAGCCAGGGCACCGUGUUCAUCUUCUGGGGCCCCAGCAGCUACAUGAGACGCGACGGCAAGGGCCAGGUCUACAACAACCUGCAGCUCCUGAGCCAGGUCCUGCCCCGGCUGAAGGCCUUCAUGAUCACACGCCACAAGAUGCUGCAGUUCGAUGAGCUCUUCAAGCAGGAGACUGGCAAAGACAGGAAGAUCUCCAACACGUGGCUGAGCACCGGCUGGUUCACGAUGACCAUCGCGCUGGAGCUCUGUGACAGGAUUGAUGUUUACGGCAUGGUGCCCCCGGACUUCUGCAGGGAUCCUAAUCACCCUUCAGUACCUUAUCAUUAUUACGAACCAUUUGGACCUGAUGAAUGUACAAUGUACCUCUCCCACGAGCGAGGACGGAAGGGUAGUCAUCACCGCUUUAUCACAGAGAAACGAGUCUUUAAGAACUGGGCACGGACAUUCAGUAUUCACUUUCUUCAGCCAGACUGGAAACCAGAAUCACCUGCUGUAAAUCAUCCUGAGAAUAAACCUGUGUUCUGAGGAAUGAGUGUGCCAGACCGAAAUCCUAAGGACCUACUAUCUCAGACACCAGGGCACUGACCCUCUUGAGCCACCAGAUAUGAAAGAGGAGCAGAACUGGUAGCACAAAAUAGCUUCACUCCUCCAGAAGUACUGUGUGCAGCUCCCCAUGAAGGUGACCACAAAGCAGUGCAGUUGGUGUGUAAGGGAAAAUUCCAGAAUUAAUACAUCCAAGCAAGUGUCAUCCCUUUCAGAAGGGUCUAAGUUAGGGGCUGGACACUCAUUUCAGUGGUGUCGCCACAGCUAAGAACAUCUUGGAUCUCUUUAAGUAUUGCCUUUGAACCAAAACAUGAGCAACUCAACAAUAUUAGUUAUAUUCCUUUAUAGAAAUACCACAUCAAAAGACAUUUUUGUAUCACAUUGUAUCCUAACCUGAUCUGUAACCUUAUCAUCUGUUGAACUCUGUACGUGUGAUUUGUAAAAAGCAGCCUAAAAGUACGGACUUGAUUCGUGAAGAGCACAUCUCUCCACUGGCUUUCAUACAGCAAAUGCCUGAUAUUUAUUUAUUGAGAGUUUUUUAGUGUAUUCUAGCUCAAUAUUUUUAUAGAUUAUGAUUAUGUGGCAGGUUAUCCUUCUGAACUCUUUAAUCCAGAAUGAUGGCUGGGAAGGCCUAGGAUUGGGUCGGUAAAUUACUGCGUUCACAAUGGUCAUUGUUAGCAUACAGUUGGGUAUUUGGCUUGGAAAUGUUAUCUUGCAUUUUUUGAACCCUUAGGCUUCAAGAAUAGCUAUGACAAUUUCCAACAUGCAGAAAGACUCCAAACGACAAUAGAAAACCAAAAACUGUGCCAUUAAAACAAAAAGAAACUAACAAGAGAAACUUAAAGAUAGUUUUCAUUAGUAAUAAUUGAUGUAGGUCAUUUCACUUAAGCCCUAGUUUCCUCUUUGGCAGAGUGAUGUCACUGUUCCAGAUGACUGUGUAAAUUUAAUCCCAAGUCUAUAAUUCUAUGAACCUCUCAUUGACCCAUUUGGGGACUUUGGGCUUGGAAUGAUGGGGCUUCCACAGUAGCAGGAGCUUUAUUUUAGGGGUCCUCUUAAUAUUCCCUCACUAUCUCCCUCUGUAGUUAAGAACAUAUUUCCUCCUUGGUCCCCAUUGGCUAAAAUCGACUGCCUGCUUUUCUGGUGCUUCUUGCACCAAAAAAAAAAAGAAAAAAUGGAAAACUUCCAUGGUGUUCACAGGCUACAAGAGCUAGGAACUACCCUUCUGUGGGUCUAGGAAAUGGAAUGCACAGAGAUUCCCUAUCAUAUGACCCCUUUAUCCUAUGAACUCAGUUUCACUCACUGCAAAUCUUACAUUACCUUCACUGCCAUUCCCUGGUCUGGAGAAGUAUGAAGGACUUAACUUUGUUCAGAGCCAAUAUCAGUUAGCAUGAAGAUUUUUCAUUUAAGCAAGUAAUAGUGUUCAAAAAUAGUCUUUAAAAAAUACACCUGUGUUUUCUUUACAUAUGUCUUAGGAGGCAUUAAUUUCUCCAAUGCUAAAUGUGAAGGCACCAGCAAACAUCGUAUGGAGACUGACAUUUUACAGAACAUGAUGUGACUUGUGAUUAAAGAAGGUUUCUCACAUCACCUUUUCUUUUCCCAUUCCUUAAUUAGUACUAAGGUUCCAUUCCCUUGUGCUAACCAGUGCAGUAUUAAUUAUAUGGAGUACUGGUGUUGAGAUAUAAACAUAGACCAGGUAUCUGUAUAGCAGAAACAAAGUUGGUAUUGUGGUGGCUUGAGCUGUUGAAAGCCAGUGCAGCUGAGAUGUAUGUGUUCUUUACAUUUUCUCAUAAUUUUUAAAGAGACUAUAUAGAGUUUUAUUCCAGCACAAUCUCUUCUGCAGCAUGGACUCUGAACAUACCAUACUUUCUGAGUGUAUGAAAAGUAUGAAUUUUGUAUAAUGGAUUUAUUAGCUGCCUUUACCAUCAUUUGAAGAGAUUUUGUUUCUUAAUGUACAUAGCUCCUUUCACAAGUUUUAUUUUUAUGGAAAUUUAGAAAGGCCCACUUGGGACAUGCAAAGAUGAAGUGAUAUUACCUAAUCUAAUAAUAUGUCAAAUGUUUGUGUUCAGGUUGUAGAAUCUGAUUUUGGAGUUUUUAUU